AAUAAGAAAAUACUGCAAAGUGAAGAGAAAAUUCACAAGAAUUGAGUUCUGCUUUCAUUGGCCUUUAAAUCUUGUUUGUGUUAAUAACCGAGUAGUGUCAGAUCAUCUCUGUGUCUGCUGUGGUGAAAUUAUUAGGUUAAAGCUGGAAAAAAUGAAACAGUUAAAAAGAAAAAGAAAAAGCAAUUUUAGUGUUCAGGAAACUCAAACUCUUCUUAAGGAAAUCAGGAAAAGGAGAGAAGUACUCUUUUCAAAGCAACUUAAUACAACAAUUAAUGAGAUGAAACGGAAAGCUUGGGAGGAAAUAGCAGAGUGUGUAAACGCAGUAGGUGAAGGAGAGCAAAGGACAGGGACGGAGGUGAAAAGGCGAUACCUUGACUGGAGAGCACUCAUGAAGAGAAAACGUCUGAAUGCAAACAUCAAAGUCGUAGGUGCUGGGUUCCAUCUUCCUUCAUCCAAUUUAGAUGACUCUCUCAAUGAAGACAUGGAUGAGAAAAUGGGGUUUGCAAUUGAAUCUAGUUUUGAAUGGCAAAAUAUCACUGACUUUAGAGAAGCUGGUGGAUCUUUGACAGAAGUCAAAGUAGAAGAGGAAGAGGAGGAUCCUCAGAAUUUUGAAUUUCCUAUUGAGGAAGAAGAAGAAAUUUUGUCAUCGGUUUUGCCAGAUUCAAAGAAGGAAAACGACCUACCAGACUUCCCUCACAUUGAAGAGUUUGGAAAUCUGAGCUCUGCUCAAGCUAGGCUAGCCUAUGAAGAUUCUCACUUGCUUAUAAAUCUGGAGAAGCAAAAGGUGGAGCUGGAGAAGCAGCGGCUGGACAUCGAAGCUGAAAGGUUGCAGGUAGAGAAGGAGCGGCUGCAAAUCGAAAAGGAACGGUUGCGGCACGUCGACUUGGAGCGCGAGAGACUGCAGAUUGAGAAGGAGCGGCUGCAGAUUGAGUGGGAGAAACUCCGGCUAGAGACUCUGCAUGCCGAGAAACCUGCUGUGGAAAAUGACCUCACCCAAACAGAAAAACCCAUCAUGCAGCCUCUGGAUCUAGAAACUGAGAAGUUAAAACUUGAAAAGGAACGUUUGCAGUUAGAGAAGGAGAGGCUGCAGUUCCUGAAGUUUGAGUCAGAGAAGCUGCAGAUCGAGAAGGAACGCUUGCAAGUGGAGAAGGAGCGCCUUCGAAUUCAGAGGGAGGGUCACUUGCAGUGAGCUUCGUGACCGAAGUGUCAGCAUUAGUGUUUUGAUGUUUGUAAAAUAGAGGUAGUUCUUUUCUUAAUGCUGAAACUGUCCUAGAGGCUUAACAUUCUUCUGUUCAGAGUAGAAUGUUGAUGUUAAAACUAAAAGAGGAAAAAAAACCAAGGAAAAAAAAAAUGGUGCUCAGUAUGUCAGUGUGCCUACUUAAAUGAUCUUGUGUGAAAUUCCUUUUCAGUGUAUCAGAACUAAGUGUUAUGUUCUCUUGUCUUCAGUAUUGUGUUGUAUUAGUUUGGUGUCCUCCUCUCAUAGACACAUUGAGAAGAAUCAAGGCUGAAGCUUGUGCUUUCUUCACUGUACUAACAGUAAAGAAUUAGAAUAAAUCAACAUAUGUUGUGAGGGCAUGGUGCUAAUGUUAGCCCACACAGUAAAGAAGUAUAAAUUAGACAGAACACAGUAACACAGAGUCAUGAGGUGACUCACUACAUUUAAUUUCUCUCUUUGUUUUUUUUUUUUUCCCACUCCCACAAUUGGGAAAAGAGUUCAAGAAUUAUCUGAAAGUUGAAGUACAUACUUUAAGUUAAAUUCACUCCAGUUUUGUUUACCAUUGUUCCAUUGCUUGAACGGAAGGGGGAGUGCAGAACACAGUGCAUUUCCUUUUGCAUGAAGUAUUCAUGCUGUAGAUAAAGUUACACAUCAGUCAUACCUACUAUAAGCUGAACUGUUGGUUGCACCAGGUCAGCAAUGAUGCUAUUUGGAAUAUAGCACCUGUCUUAUUGUAGCAUAGGGACUUGCCAAACAUGCUGUCUGAUGAGUCUGUGAUGACCCCUUGAAAUAAAUUGCUAGACCUGGUUUGUUCCUUGAAAGAGAGUAGCUGGUGAUGGGAGUCUCUGGUGUGGAGACACAACAGGCUGAGCACAAAGUAGCACUGAUCUUGAACACCCUUGAGAUUACUUCUGCCUGCCCAGCACUGAGGUCAUGUGAGGCAGCCAGAAGAGACUUCUAUGGCUGACACCAUAUAGUAUGUUUUAAAGAGUCAAACAGAAAUUAUCAGUGCUGAAGACUGUCAGUAUUUUUCAUAAGCAAUGUGUUAGUGUAAAAUAAUUUUUAAAACCCAAGAAACAAAAAAGCUUUCUAUUAUUUCCUGUGUGUUUAAAUCCCAACUGAGCCAGACUUCACAUUUCUUGUAUUUCUGCAAGUAACUCUCUUCUGUUCACUCCAUUUGAUACUUAGGACUGUGAGAAUAUGGAGUCUGAAUAUGUGUUGAGUGACUUACAUGGAUUCUUGUGCAAGUAAAUAUAUUUAUACCACUACAGGAUUACUUUUAUUCACAAAGAAAAUGUUAUUUUUUUAUUGCCAAAACAAGUGUGCUUCUACAGUGGAAAUAAAUUUGA